AGACCACGAAGUAGAUGAAGGUCAGCAUGAUCCCCGGGCACGGGCCGGUGAUCCAGUCGGUGCUGGGAACCUUCCUCACGUGGGGGCUGACGGCGGCUGGCUCGGCGCUGGUGUUCGUGUUUUCCAGCGGGCAGAGGCGGAUCCUGGAUGGGAGCUUAGGCUUCGCUGCAGGGGUCAUGCUGGCCGCUUCCUACUGGUCCCUCCUGGCCCCGGCUAUCGACAUGGCCGAGGAGUCCGGCAGCUUUGGAGCCUUCGCUUUCUUCCCGGUGGCCGUGGGCUUUGCUCUGGGAGCAGCUUUCGUGUACUUCGCCGACCUGCUCAUCCCGGCGCUGGGUUUCAGCGGGCCUCCCCACGCAGCGUUUGCCUUGAGCUGUGACCAACGAGUGGUGAAAGAAAAAUACGAGCACGAACCUGCCCAUCACCUGGACUACGAGAGCGAGUUGUCCAUCCGGAUAGGUAGAGCUGGGCUCCAUCCAGACAAAGGUGAGAACGGGGAGCCCUACCAGAGGAGGAAGGGUGCGGGGCUCAGCCUGCCAGACGGGCCCCCAGCGUUCCCCGCGGGCAGGGACGGUGCCCCGCCGGCCGGCAGCAGCAGCUGGAGGAGGAUUAUGCUGAUGAUCCUCGCCAUAACCAUCCACAACAUCCCAGAGGGGCUGGCAGUAGGAGUUGGAUUCGGGGCUAUUGGAAAAUCCACAUCUGCAACCUUCCAAAGCGCCAGGAACUUAGCGAUCGGGAUUGGGAUCCAGAAUUUCCCGGAGGGCCUGGCCGUCAGCCUGCCUUUGCGUGGCGCUGGAUUUUCAACGUGGAAAGCGUUCUGGUACGGGCAGCUGAGCGGCAUGGUGGAGCCCUUAGCCGGCGUGUUCGGUGCCUUCGCCGUGGUGGUGGCAGAGCCUCUCCUCCCCUAUGCCUUGGGCUUCGCGGCCGGAGCGAUGGUCUACGUGGUGAUGGACGAUAUCAUCCCCGAGGCACAGACCAGUGGCAACGGGAAGCUGGCGUCCUGGACCUCCAUACUGGGAUUUGUGGUGAUGAUGUCCCUGGACGUUGGGCUCGGGUAGGGCAGAGCGCCGCUCCCCGGGGGAAGACUUCAGAGCCACUUGUGCGGCGGCGUUUGGAACUGGACACGCGUUACCCUCUGGACUUUGUAUAUAUAUUUUUUUGGAUCUGGUUUGGUGUUGAUUUCCUAUAAUUUUAUAUCUCUUUCUUCCCUCCAACGUCAUGUCGAUGGUUUUCAAAGCACAAAUACAGGUGGUUCCUCGCGGGUCCUGGUUUCCUUUCGCCACCAGAUUAUUUUUUUUUUUUUCUCUUGGGAGGGUCGUUGGACGACGCGUUGGCUGGGCUGCAGGUCACCCUGUCCUUUCCCUUCCAUGCUGGGCUGGUUUCUCUGAGUCAGGUCACUCUGGGUUUUGAUCAUUUUUGUUCUGUAGAAGAUUAGAAAUUCACUGUCGCGUGUUUAAGCUGGUCCGUGGUGAAGUACCAAGGCAUUUGAAUGGAGUAAACUCCUUACAGAGUCUCGAUUUCCACAGGUUUUUUGGAGGGCAGGUAGAAGGCGUUAGGGCUGAGGUAACACGUACAACACUUUGUGGGAUCGCAGGUCUUGCGGAUCCUGCUGGUCCUUGGGAAUGUCUUAGGGUAUUAGUUUUGAUGGAUGCAAAUAGUCCAGGCAAAUAAAAAUGAAUUUUCUUGGGAUCUCUGUAAGAGAGAAAUGUCAUUUUUUCCUGAGUUUAUCUCAUAAGUGGUGCGUUGAUGCAGUGCAUUGUGUUCAAUACCCCAAGGUUUUCUCUGGAAAAAAAAAAAAAAGGGGGGGGGAAAGAAUAAUUUAUGUUUUCUAGCAUGUACCCUUUGCAAAAGCAAGGUGUGGUCACCCACAUUGGGGUUGAUGUGCUGCCUGACUGGUGGCCAGCGGGCUGGGCCUGGCCUUGCCAAGCGCUUGCUGGUUUACAGCUGCUGGUUCCACUGGUUCUGACUCCCCGUAGAGCCAACGCGGGUUCCCCCCGGCCGUGGCCCUGGGUGCUCUUCGCCCCGCAGAAGAGCUUGGAGCUGAGUCAGGACCUGAACGUGCCGGGAGCUCUCGUCUUCCUGAGCAGCAUCAGGAUGAAAUAAUUCAUCAGGGUGAAUUAAUUAUCCUACCUGAAGAGCCAGAAACACGCACCGUGUACCUGCCCCUUCGCCCUCUGCUUUUCCAGCAUCUCUUGUUGGACGGCUGAGUCUGAGCAGGCAGGAUUAGGCCUUUCUAGGCUGAGGAGCGAGCCCUGCCCGUCCCUCCCCGUGCCCGCAGCGAGGAGCGAAACGCCGAAGCUGGAAGGAUGCUGUAAACCUCACCUCCCUCUUCCCCAAGGAUGCUUCUGUCUUCAGUAACGAGGGGUUCGUUAGACCCUUCAGUGGGAAUAACUGGAUCACCUGGCUGCCGCCAGCAACCUGGGGAGCGGGGCUACCAGCGGGCGGUCACGGGCCACCACUCGGUCCUGCAGGAGGGGCAGCCAGAGGGAACAGGCUGGAAUAAACUAAGCCAGAGCCAUGCGGUUUUGUUUGGUUCUUUUUUUUUUUUUUUUUCUUUGGUUGGGUUUAAUUCGUACUUCAUUUGCGUGUCACGCUGGAUGAUACAAGGCUACUGGUUGCCAAUGGAUUUGACCUUUUAACUGUGAUUGGUUUCAAUAAAUGGGAAAUUC